UAUUCGUGAUAGACUCAGACUCUCCCAUGCCCGACGCGGCCCCGGUUUGCCCACGACUCGAGGUGGUUACGAACAGUUGCGUCUACGCACGAACUCUGUUCGAGAAAACUUGUCGGGAUUUCGAAAUCAUGAAGUACGGCGUAGAGGUUCUGCACUAGAGGACGCAAAGCAAACCGAAGGGGAAGGUGGACGGCGUUUUCUUUUCUUUUCUUUUCAUUUUUUGGGAAUUUCACAGAACAAAUUACAUAGAGUGAUAAUUGAGCAUCAGGGGUUUGGUGAACUGUGUGUCGCAAGCCAUGUGAGAGGGAAACCAGGGAAACAGAAGAUGCAUGCCAGAUGGUGAUUGGUGAACGGCUGUCAGUCCAGCAAAAGGAAAAUAUGAAGGACGAGGCGUUAGAAAGUUGGAACGACAUCUUCUAGUACAUAUCACGAACUUCUUGCUUGAAAAGGUAGGCAAUUAAAGUUGCAGUUCAAAGGAACGAUAAGAAAAAAAGAAGAGGAGGACCAUGGAAUAUAACGCUUGCAUAGAGUCAGUCGGUUACAGUCACCGGAGAUUUAUCAUGCCUUGCCGUCGCCAGCGUCGCCGGAGGGAAGACGAAGGUGCCGAGCAGGAGAUGACUCCUGCUAGUCCACCAAGCAGUCCUCAUUUCUUCAAGGUCAUCCUCUCUCGCACGCUUGAAUCUGGAAAGCUUGAAAUUCCAAAAAGAUUCCUAAGAAGAUAUGGAAAAGAUCUCUCAGGUUCGGUGCUUCUCAAGGUUCCAGGGGGUUCAACCUGGCCUGUGAAGCUAGAGAAGAGUAGUCACGGCAUGGUUUGGUUGUGUAAAGGCUGGCGAACAUUCAUGGAGCAUUACUCGAUUGGCGAUGGUCACCUCGUAGUCUUCAAAUACGAGGGGGACUCCAUUUUCCAUGUGAUGAUAUUCGAUAAGAGUGCUUCGGAGAUUGAUUAUCCCUUGAGCAACGGAAGUGACGUGUCGACCCCCGAGGGAAAAUUCGUCUCACGAACAGAGGAAAAUGUCAUGGAAAUUGAAGAUUCAGAGGGGCUCGGGCCUUGUUCUUGGCCAAGUUCAAACGGCUCGUCACGAGAAUUUGGAGGUGCAAGGCCUGUCGCUGCUCUUGAAUUAGCCAGCGAAUUCAAAUCAGAGCAUCCCUUUUUUAAAGUCGUGUUGUGGCCUACUUAUGUCAACAGGUAUAUGGGCGUUCCUAGUGAAUUCUUCAGGAAACAUCUUCGAAAGAGUGAGCAAAUGGUGACUCUCAAGUGCUCAGACAGAUUGUGGCAGGUGAAGCUGAAGAGCUAUAAACCCAGAGACACGGCAGUUCUCUCUACUGGCUGGUCCUUAUUCGCAAGGGAAACUGGUCUUCGUGCAAGAGAUGUCUGCGUGUUCGAGCUCACUGAUAGGGAUAACAUUGUGUUCGAAGUCUCAAUUUUCAGCAGCGAUGGUCAAUCUAUCUUCAGUAAUGCAGAAGUGAUUUGCAUUGAUUGAGAUCAAACAUGGAAGUGUCGCACUUUAGGCUGUUUUUGGGCUGUUUUCGUGCUGAGAAGAACUCGAGAAACUAAUUAAGCUAACCCUAGUUCAUGCCUCUUUUAUCUAUGCUUUGAUUAAUCAAUGAAGAGCUCACUUCUGCUCGAUCCCAUGAAUCUUCUUGUUUCCUGGUAAUUGCAAUCAGGGAAUGUAAAUCUUACUUGAAUCAGAACGUUCCCGAGCAUAUUUCUUGACGGGGUGUUAUUGGGUGAUGAUAUUUUAAGAUAAUUUAUGCUCAACAUGA